GCAGGAUGCUAGCCGUGCUAACUAGCUAGCAAAGAUGGAGCCAAAGCAAAGGCUCGCUAGUGUUGUCGUGUGAUGGACAGAGCUUGCAUGAAUGGAUGGACUGCAGGCGGCUGUGUGAAAUUCACUAGAGCCAGUCAGCCUCUUCUCUCGGGUUAUGAUUUAAUGUUUGUAUUCAUUAUGGCUCAUUUUAAACAUUUUUACAUAUUAUUUUUCUGCCGCUAUUUAUUGUAAUCUUCUGUCACGCAAGCGAUAGAUUAUCUGACAGAAACCAAUCGAAGUCGCUUAUUCACCAAACACUGUGGUUUCUACCUUACACUACUGAUCGAUAAUCGGCUAGACUUGCCGCCUUUGGCCGAGACAUUUGCUGAUAUAUGUGAGAGCUACUCGACCAUUAAAAUAACUGGCUGACACAUAAGCAAUCAUCAGUUAACCGUAAGAGCCUGCACCAAAUUCAACAGAUUAAUAUAAUCUGAAGUUAUGUUGACCUAAUAUAUGUAACUUGUGGCCUUGACAUGAGCAGAGUGGUUGAAGAUAAUGCAGAUUUCCUUAGUAACAUUGCUGUUUUGUUUAUGGUCUCUUUCCUUUUAUAUAUACUUUGUUUUGUCUAGAGGCAGUUUGCAGCUUAUUGGAUACAAACAUUAAAUGAUAGAUCAGCUGUCAAGUCUGAUGGUCAUGUGCAGAAAAUGACAACUUAAUUGCAACCCAACUAUCUUUAAAAAUGAGAGGUUCAUCCUGACAGUUGAUUUUUUUUUUUCCUUUUUAAAGGACUAUAGUUUUGUGGUUUAUUUUAUUUUUUUUUUAACAAGUAAAUAAUUCGAUCUGUAGAGUAAGAGUGAAUUUGUGCUGUGAGUUUGUGGGUGUAUGUGUGUUGAGAUUAAUAUCAAAUUCUUCCCAUACAUAUGUUGCAUACAAACUGAACAAUUGUGGCCCCUUUAUUUUAUUCAUAAAGGUUCAGUGUAUCUUUGCCAGCCUACAUCAAUCUGCAAAGGAGUUGCAGAAAAGCCUCAUGUUCAUCGAGCCGUAUGGGCAAGAAAACUGUUCCCAUUUAUACUUUUCUACAACGGGUUUAAAAUUCUGCAGCUGUGGUCUUGAAGAUGCAGAUGGGUACAGUAUAUGGUGCAGAUCGCAGUGUGUAUAAACUAACUUUUUUCCUUUUUAUUUUCAUUUGUAUUUUGUGUUAAUUUCUUUUCAAUGUUCCAUGUCUGUAAAGGGCUUGGCUGGAGCAAUUUUUCUGGAAUGUUUACUUUUCUUACCACAUUUUCUAAAAGCACGGUCUUUUUCUGUAUAUUCAGAGUUAUAACUGCUGCAUAAAUGUUAAGUGAGAGACUCUCCACUGUUAAGGUAGCCCUGUGAAACCUGUCCAUGACAAUCAGUUCAGACAGUUCUCUCAUAGCCAUUUGCCAGUUAUGUGCCCUUGCUACUUUAUGGCUUUAUCUACUUAUAGCUCUGGCCUAAACCCAAAAUAUUCCACACUUACAGAGUGGACAUUGAGCCUUAUCACAAGCUAAUCAGAGCCGAGGCUCUAACAUUCCCGCAUAAUUAAUUAGGCUUGGGUAAGGUAAGCACCAAGAAUGACAGAACUUGCACUUUUACUUAGUCUACUUUCAUUUUUAUAGCCCGAUCAAGCAUUUUGGCCAGCAGAGGCACAGUUAACUUCUUACUGGUAGCAAUCGAAAUUCAGAUAUUCAUUUUUACUCAUUUAGGUGGGCACAGAAUCUUAAUAUGCAACUCUAGUGACAUUGUCAUGUGUCUGCCCCUUUUUUUUAUAGUGAAAACACAGUUAACAAUAUAGAAAGCAUUGGAUACCUCGCUCCUGCUAACAAGUAUGUGAGGUCUUUCUCAUUGGUUGUUUUUGGCCUGUUUCAGGGGACGAGACGCGACAGAGGGUCAAGUUCACUGACGAGCGUGUCUGCAAAAGCCAUCUCCUCAACUGCUGUCCACAUGACAUCCUGUCUGGAACUCGAAUGGACUUGGGAGAGUGCUCGAAGAUCCAUGACCUGGCACUUCGGGCAGAUUAUGAAAUUGCCUCCAAGGAGAGAGAUCUGUUCUUUGAGCUUGAUGCAGUGGAUCACCUGGAGUCGUUCAUUGCUGACUGCGACCGGAGGACAGAACUGGCCAAGAAACGCCUGGCUGAGACCCAAGAAGAGAUCAGUGCUGAAGUGGCAGCAAAGGCGGAGAAGGUCCAUGAGCUGAAUGAAGAAAUAGGAAAGCUGUUGGCCAAGGCCGAACAGCUCGGAGCUGAAGGCAAUGUGGACGAAGCCCAGAAGGUUCUGCAAGAAGUAGAGAAGGUCAGAACUAGGAAGAAGGAUGCAGAGGAAGAGUACAGAAACUCCAUGCCUGCCUCCAGCUUCCAGCAGCAGAAGCUACGGGUGUGUGAAGUGUGCUCUGCUUACCUGGGUCUCCACGAUAAUGACCGCCGAUUGGCUGACCACUUUGGUGGGAAACUUCACCUGGGCUUCAUCCAGAUCAGAGAGAAACUGGAUCAGCUAAAGAAAACUGUGGUGGACAAGCAGGAGAAGAGGAACCAGGAGCGCCUAAAGAGGAGAGAGGAGAGGGAAAAAGAGGAAAGGAUGAGGAAGAGGACCAGAUCACGGAGCAGAGAGCAUAGAAGGUCCCGUUCUCGUGACCGCAGACGGAGGCGCUCACGUUCCUCGUCACGGGACAGGCGCCGCUCACGCUCGCGCUCCAGGGACCGGGAGAGGAGGAGGCGGCACCGCAGCAGGUCUCGCUCCCGCAGCCGAAGCCACCGUCACAGCCAUGAGCAGAGCUCCAGACACAAGUCAUCCAGGGACCGAGAGCGCUCGUCCAGAGACAGGUCGCGGGAGCGGGACAGGAGAGACGGUAUGAACGGUCGGUCAGACUCACGCCGGGUGGACGACAGGGACAUGGACCUCUGAAGACCAAACUCCAUCCACCACAACACACGACCUCCUCCUGUUUCUCCCACUUACCUGUCCAUCCUCGUGUCUCCAUGAAUGAUAACCUAAUGGUAUACAGACUUUCCUUGUCUCGUAUAAAUAACCUCAUCAUUCCCCCAGUUGACCCCCCUCCUCGUUUGACUUUGCUUUAACAGCUACUGCAGCCGACCCUGUGUGUGUGUGUGUGAGCAUAACUACAUAAAAUCACCCAAAAUAUUAUACGCAUUCUCUUUUUCUAGCGUCCAGAUAUAGAUUUUGUUUGUUUUUAUUUUGUUUUUGGAUGGGGAUUAGUUAUGGUCAGUGGUGGAGUGUAUUGUAAUGCACAUCAGUGAUUUGGUGGCUGUUUAUAUUCAGUACAUGCAAUGUCUGUUAUCUUCAUAAAAAGCACGCUGCCCUGAUUCCAGUAGAAAAAUGUUCAGAUUUAUCUUUUGAAGCAAGCUUAAAUCGAUGGUCUGUUGGAAUGAACCAUAAAAUGUAACAGAUCCAUACUCUUUGUUGUUAUUAACUGUUGUUGACCUUUUUAUACAGAAGUACCAUCUGUAAAUAUCUUUUAGGCCUACUGAUUGUCAUGUUCUGAAUAGCCUUAUCCUAUCAAGGCUUUAAUUUCUCCCCCUGAAGACUUCCUCUCACCAGCUUGUGGUAAACCGCAGUUAACAUUGCACGGCAUGAGUGCAGUUUUUGAAUGUCUUUGUCUAUAUAAUUGUCUCCAAAUGAGUUAAAAUAGAUAAAAACCCUUUUAUUUACAUUUUAGGAACUCAUGAAUUUGAAAAUCAAGAGGUUUUAACGUUGCUAGUGUCACUGUCUAGCUCAUAUUUUUCAACAUCUCCCACUUCUCAUGUCACGUCUCAGCUAAUUAAAGUUUAUUUUAUGCUGCCAGUAGCGAAGGAAAUACAUGCUUGAGAAUGUGGCCAGUAUAAGUGAAUGUUGUUGGGUUUUUUGCCGUUGGUGGCUAGUCUCUGUUUUAGAGUUUAAUCUUAUCCUGAUGUUUUUCUUUUUCCAUGUAAAGAUGACAAAGAUAUUAAAAACUUCAUCUUGGCACGUGAAGCAAUAGGUUGAAAAUGACUGUUCUGGGUUUCUUGCCUUUAGAAAUUUGCAAAAUUGGAAAUCCUAUCCUAAAACUGCACCUGCUGUUUUGGUCAAGUCGUACAUUUCAAUCAAUCUGAUGACCCAUUUUUGUUUAUUUCUCUCAUUGCUUCAUCUGCAUCAGCCUCUAAUAAUUGACUGCAAAUACAUUUAAAUGGAUGCAUUGCUUUACCUAAUGUGUGAAGUCUGUAGACUUUGUCAUAUGUUUGUUUUGCUGGACAACUUUCUUUAAAGUCUCAAUAAAAAUCACAGCCUUUUAA